ACACAAGGAGCUCUCUCUCUGUCUCUCCUCCCUCUCCCCCUGCUACAGUCACACAAACAUACACACACUGCCAUAGACACAAAGCAACAAGCCUGACACUCAUGCACACUGAGCCAUAGGCGGAAGAUGGCUGAGCUGACAGCAGGGCACUCACAGCCCCUCAGCCUGGCAUCACCAGCCCUCCCUAUACAGCUCCCUCCUCACACAGUUCCUGACGCCUUUCACCUCUGAACACAUUGGGUGGGUGGGGGGGAAUCGCCACUUCCCAUUACUGCUCCCCCCAAAUCCCCCCAUACACUUUAUAAUCUAGCAGCCAUUUCAGCAGUAGAAGCAAGAAACACGCACACUAAAAAAAAUGGCAGAAAUGGAAAAAGAGGGGAGACCCCCAGAAAAUAAGAGAAGCAGGAAACCUGCCCACCCUGUGAAAAGAGAGAUCAACGAGGAGAUGAAGAACUUUGCUGAAAACACCAUGAAUGAGCUUCUUGGAUGGUAUGGCUAUGAUAAAGUAGAAUUAAAGGAUGGAGAAGAUAUUGAAUUCAGGAACUACCAUGCAGAUGGGGAGAAUCGUCAGCAUAUUUCUGUUCUCAAAGAAAAUUCUUUGCCAAAACCAAAAUUACCUGAGGACAGUGUUAUAUCACCAUUCAAUACAAAUAUAAACUAUUCAGGGCUUGCUACAGGAAAUGGGCUGGCAGAAUUACCAGCGGGGUCAAAGGAUCAUGGAAAUAUGCCCAUAGUGGUACCUUUGAUUCCUCCACCCUUCAUGAAACCACCAGCAGAGGAUGAUGUGUCAAAUGUGCAAAUCAUGUGUGCUUGGUGCCAGAAAGUUGGAGUUAAACGCUACUCCUUAAGCAUGGGAAGUGAAGUGAAAAGCUUUUGCAGUGAAAAGUGCUUUGCUGCUUGCCGACGAGCAUACUUCAAAAGGAACAAGGCUAGAGAUGAAGAUGGACAUGGUGAAAAUUUUCCCCAGCAGCACUAUGCUAAGGAAACUCCGAGACUUGCCUUCAAGAAUAACUGCGAACUACUUUUCCUGUCAGUGUCAGGCUUACAGAAGCAUUAUUUUACAAGGAGUUCAACUAGGAAGGGUAUGUGAUUGGUGUAAGCAUAUAAGGCAUACUAAAGAAUAUCUGGAUUUUGGGGACGGGGAAAGAAGACUUCAGUUCUGCAGUGCAAAGUGUCUAAAUCAAUACAAAAUGGACAUUUUUUAUAAAGAGACACAAGCUAACCUUCCAGCUGGACUGUGUAACUCAUUACAUCCUUCAAUUGAUAAUAAAGCAGAAGGCACCGGGGUACAGUUGCUGACUCCAGAUUCUUGGAAUAUACCGCUGACAGAUGUACGCAGAAAGGUUCCUUCCCCGGUGUCUGUAACAGGCCAAAUUCAAGGACCUGGAUCAUCAGCAUCUGCCACUGCCUCCCCAUCUGAAACUGCCAAUAACUCUGUUACUAAAAUCCCUACACCAGUUCCCAAAUCCAUUCCUAUGAAUGAUUGUCCAAAUAUUCCCUCAGUUCCUGUUCCACCACCUGCCAGUAUUGUGCCUCCUAUGGGCUUGCCACCCAGAAGUCCUCCAAUGAUAAUGACAAAUCGAGGACCAGUUCCUUUGCCUAUAUUCAUGGAGCAGCAAAUUAUGCAGCAAAUUCGCCCACCUUUUCUUAGGGGUCCUCAUGGCUCAAAUCCUAACAGCCCUUUGCCCAAUCCAAUGAUUCCUGGUAUGGGGCCACCACCAGGUGGUCCCAGAGUUUUGGGCCCCACUUCUAGCCCUAUGCAUAGACCAAUGUUAUCACCUCAUAUCCAUCCAGCUACAACACCUACUAUUCCUGGAAACCCCCCAGGGUUGCUUCCACCACAUCCACCUGGAGGUCCUUUACCCAGUCUUCCUUUCCCCCCAAUGGGCAUGAUGCCAAAUGGCCCUAUGCAUAUGCCACAGAUGGUAAAUUUUGGUUUACCAUCACUUGCUCCAUUGGUGCCACCACCAACCCUUUUAGUGCCAUACCCUGUCAUUGUCCCCUUACCUGUUCCAAUACCUAUUCCUAUUCCCAUUCCUCAUGUAGUUGAUUCCAAACCCCCUAAUGACUUCUCCAGUAAUGGUGAAAGCAUCAUUCCAAAUUCAUCGAAUGACACUCUUGGGGCAAAGCCAAAGGAUACAACUUUGCCUUCAAGGGAUUCUAAGCAGAGGUCUAUGAAGAGUUCUGAUUCCUCAUCUGGUGGUUCAGGGCAAUCUUCUCACCAGGCCCCUAUGCUUCAAGAGCACACUAAAACUGAAGUAGUGGAUUUGACAACGAGGACAGCAAGCCCAGAAAACAAGCUUAGCCUCCAUAAUACACUUCAGGUACCCCAGGAUGGAGUUAUAGACUUAACCAUGGCACACAGAUCUAGACUUCACAAUGUAAUUCAUAGAGCCCUUAAUACUCACUUGAAACUUGAACAUGAACCUAACAGUGUUGUUAACCUGGCCUUUGGUAAAAUGGAUAAAAACAACUGUACUGACUGCAGGGACAGUCGUAGCCCAGGAGAAACAAAAACAUUUCCAUCUAGUGAUCCAUCUUUUUGUGACCCCAUUUCCGUUGCCUCAAGCACUCCUGGGCAUGAACCCAGUGCAACAGUUUGUAAUGUCAUUGUAAAUGGUACAAAGAGUGCAGAAGGCACUAAGAACUAUGAAAAACAUCAUGAGCAAAAAAAGACACUGCUAGACAAGGAACCAGUUGUAAGUGAGCUGGAAUCUGUUAAAGAAAACAAUUGUAGUUCAAACUGUCAUUUAGAAAUUGAUGCCAGCAAGAAGAGUCUUGUGGAAGAGUCCCUCACAACCGGUGACAAGCAAGACCCCAACCUUAAUAAUCCUGCAGAUGAGGACCAUGCUUAUGCUUUGCGAAUGUUGCCUAAAACAGGUUGUGUUAUUCAGCCUGUGCCAAAACCAGCAGAAAAGACAGGAAUGGCUCCGUGUAUAGUCUCUACACCAAUUCUCAGUACAGGGACAGAGGAUUUGGAGCCACCAUUGAAAAGGAGGUGUCUCCGUAUUCGAAAUCAAAAUAAGUAAAGGAUGCUGACUGACAGAGUAUCUUGCAUACAUAAAGGGAGCAGUGCAACCAUUCAACUCCACCAAACAUCACCAGCUGGUCCAUACUUUCUUUCCUUCUGCCUAAAAAGCUUUCUGCAGCUUUUGCCUAUCACCUGAUUUUUUGCAAGAAGAACCAUUCAAUCUGGACUCAUAGGAUGAUCAUUCCUCAUUUUACACUAGCCACCCAGUGAGCCUGCCUUUAUGUUACCCUGUGUUUUUUCUCAAGCAUAUGGACCAACACAGUACCCAUCCUCUCAAUGCCAUUGUUCCAAACAUAUGACUGGAAGAAAAGUGAACGUCAGCCUUUUUUCAAAUUUUUUUUUGUUAAAGACUGUUUUGCUGCUACAAUGAAAAUUGUACUUUGCAUUAGUUAAUGGAACUGUUUAAAAGGGUAAAAGGUUUUGUACUGAAGUAGGAACACUUCAAAGUCAUCUCUUUCUUACCCAAAAUGCACUUUUAAUCAAAUUAUUUUAAACGUUUUAUUGGCUAAUGUUGUAUGUUUUUUCUUUUUUUUCAAAGAAAGGCCACCUUUAAACUGAAUGCCAUAUUUUCAGUGUUAGACUGUAUGGAUUUGAAUUCUUAGCAGAGUACAGAGUAGAAUGAAUAGUUUAUAUUGUGGUUUCUUGUACAGGCUAGAUGGCAAAAGAGAUCUGCAAAUGUUUAUUCUCCUCCACUUUCUUUUAGCAAGCUCCCCCUAAAUGGCACCCCAAUCAGGAACAGAGUAAAAAGCGUUAAGCGAAAGACCAAUAUUCCCUUAAGGUGUAAAAUAAUCCAAGGGGGAAGGGAGAAAUAUUUGCCGAGCGUCAUAAGAGAUAUGGAUGAAAUUUCACCCCUGAUAGUUUUCAGUGAUCCAGGAAACCAGCAAGACAAUCUCUCCACAUAUACAGAGCCCUUUCAUAGUAAUUGGAAUGGUAUGGGCAUGCCAGUGACGGAAUGGGGGACAAAGUGGAAUUUUUUUUCCCCAGACACCCCUGUUUGUGGUGCAACCCACUCUCUUUUCCUGCUGGAUAUUCUGUUUCAGUGUUUGCUUACUUCUGUCUUGAUUAAGAGAAAUGUGCAAUUCAAUCCUCAGUCACUGGUCAGAGGAUAACAGGGUAGAAUUCACAGUAACUUGUGUGCACUUGUACAGAUGUAGCCAAGAGUCCAAAAUUACACUAGUUUAGAGCAUGUAUGCUGGCACUGAACAUUAAAAAACUGAAAGAAAAUGAAAAAAAAAAAGCGGAGCUGAUGUAAUGUACUUUUUUUAUUUUUAGAUACAGGUUUUCAAAAGUCUCAUUAAAAGAAAAAAAAUCACAUUGUGAUCCAGUGUAAAUGUUUACCAAUUCUAAUAAAGCAUGUGCUCACAUAAUUCUGCACAGUGUCUGCUGUUUGAAGCAGACGUGUAUUUUAUAAAAGACGUGAAUUCAAUGUAACGGCAUUCUGUGCAGGAAGACUUUGGGCAUAAAAGCUUUUCUAGUGUAUGUGUACUGUUAUUACUAUUGUAUAUACUGUAUUUCUAUAGCUUUCUUUGUACAAAAAAAAAUCACUUAACAGUUUAAGCUACUGUUUAGAAAUUAUUCUUUAUUUAUUAACAUGAUUUCAACUAUGAUUUCAUGGCUUGUUAUAUCAAAUGACAGUAUCUUUCUUUCAUGUUUCAUGUUUCCAAGGUUGUAAUGUUGAUCCUUGCUGGGAACAGAAGAUAUAUCCAAAAUGUUUCCAGAAUUAAAAGAUAACCCAUGAUUCUUCAGAAAAUAUCCUGACUUGCAUUUAUUCCUUAUAGUCCCACAGUCUGAAAGGUGCCAUCAUGUGCAUGGAAAGCAGUUAACCACUUUAGUGCUAGUGUGGUCACAUGACAUUUCUAGCGCUGGGGAAGUCAGCUUUCACAGGCCACUUGGGAAUUUUAAGGCACAAGAACGAUAUUGUUAUGUUGUACAUUUCUUUGUAUUUUGGAAAGUGGGCUGGGGUACAUUUCCUGGAUGUCUGUACAUUUGAGAAUACCCUUUUGUUUCAUAAAUACCAGUGCAUACUU